GGUGUGGCUGCGGGGCGGGGCUCGUCGGUGCAGGCCCCGGGGCGCGUUGUGAGCCGGAGGUGCUGCUCGGGGCGCUCCCAUGGAGGAGGCCGGCUGUCCGGGGGGAUCAAGGCCCUGAGAGCGGGAACGUCGCCACAUCCGCCCGACAAAGAGCAAAACAAAGCGGAGAAGGACAUGGCGGACGGCGGGGGGAAUGCUGGCCGGGGGCUGCUGCUGGGAUGGAGCCUCGUCCUCCUCUGCUGUCACGGAUGCACGGCCGGCGGCGACGACGAGUCUCGGGCAGAGGCUUGGCUGCGGCUCUAUGGCUACCUGCCCCCGGCCAACCGUCAGAUGUCCACCCUGCGCUCCGCUCAGAUCUUCUCCUCCGCCAUCUCUGAAAUGCAGCAGUUCUACGGGAUCCCAGUGACGGGGGAGAUGGACCAGACCACUAGAGAGUGGAUGCAGAAGCCGCGCUGUGGGGUCCCCGACCAGUUUGGCAGCAAAGUCAAGUCCAGCCUGCGGAGGAGACGUUACGCACACACUGGACGCAAGUGGAGCCAGCUGCAGCUGUCGUACAGUGUACAGAAUCACUCUCCGCGGCUCGGCGCCUAUAACUCGCUGGACGCCAUCCGUAAAGCCUUUGCCGUGUGGUCGGGCGUAACACCGCUGACCUUCUCGGAGAUCCCAUAUGAGACUCUGCGCCAACGCCCGGCCACUGCCCCCGACAUCCUCAUCCUAUUUGCCUCCGGCUUCCAUGGUGACAGUUCGCCCUUCGAUGGUCCCGGCGGCUUUCUGGCGCACGCCUACUUUCCCGGACCGGGCAUGGGCGGCGAUGCUCAUUUUGACCUAGAAGAACCUUGGACAGUGGACAACAGCGAUCUGUCAGGGAAUCACCUCUUCCUAGUGGCGGUCCAUGAGCUCGGACACUCCCUGGGGCUGGAGCACUCUAAUAACCCCACCGCCAUCAUGGCGCCGUUCUACCAGUGGAUGGACACGGAAAACUUCCAGCUGCCCGAAGACGACCAGCGAGGAAUCCAGCAGCUGUACGGGAGCCCGAGCAACGAGGCACCGAGCACCCCGUCUCCUGUUCCCACUGCAGGCCACCCUGACAGGAGGCCUCCAAAGCCACCCCCAGGGGGCAAACCAGAGCGGCCUGGAAAUGCCCCUCCUAGACACCCCUCUGGUCCUGACCAAUAUGGCCCUAAUAUCUGCGAGGGCAACUUUGAUGCGGUGACCGUCCUGCGAGGAGAGAUGUUUGUCUUCAAGGGCGCCUGGUUCUGGAGAGUGCGCCAUAACCGGGUCUUGGAUAACUACCCCAUGCCGAUCGGCCAUUUUUGGAGGGGACUUCCGGCUAACAUAAGUGCUGUAUACGAAAGGCAUGAUGGGAAGUUUGUCUUUUUUAAAGGGGAUAAAUACUGGCUCUUCCGCGAGGCCAAUCUAGAGCUGGGGUAUCCGCAGCCGCUGAGCACCUUGGGGUACGGCCUCCCCUACGACAGGAUUGACACGGCUAUAUGGUGGGAGCCCACCGGACACACCUACUUCUUCCGGGGAGACAGUUACUGGCGUUUCAAUGAGGAGACUCGCUCUGUGGACACAGGUUACCCCAAAUCCAUAAAGGUCUGGGCCGGGAUCCCAGACACCCCAAAAGGCGCCUUCCUCAGCUCAGAUACAUCGUACACUUACUUCUACCGUGGAGCCAAGUACUGGAAGUUUGACAACCAGCGGCUGAAGACGGAGCCCGGGUACCCCAAGUCCAUACUUAAGGACUUCAUGGGCUGCCAGGAGGAGGUGUUCAGAGAGCCAGACGCUGCCCCCCGGUGGCCAGAUGUAGAGCAGCCGCCAUUUAACCCUGACGUUGAGCCCGAAAAGCAGGACACGGAUGAGGAGAGCGUCAGCAGGGAGGACACUGGCCGCGAUGUGGAUGUGGUUGUCCAUAUUGAUGAGUACAGCCAGGAGGUCAGUGUUGCCAUGGUGAUUGUGCCACUACUACUGCUGCUAUGCAUCCUGGGGUUGAUCUACAUCAUUGUUCAGAUGCACAGGAGGGGGGCCCCAAAAUCUCUCCGAUACUGCAAGCGUUCCCUGCAGGAAUGGGUGUAAGCACUCGCCAUCUGCCGCCAUCUUGGUUUUGGACAUUUUUAUUUAGUCUUUUUCGUGGUGCUAACAUGGGAUCAGGCCCCUUGCCCCCCGGGCAGUGGAGGAGUGGUGUCUGCCGCCCCCUGCAGGUGUGCUGGGGUAUUGCUCUGGACAGUGACACCAUGUGGUUGCUGUGAGAAUUGCACUUGUGAAUUGCACCCUGUAAGCUGUUGGUACUUUAUGUUGCACGUGACCCUGACCCUUACAAUGAAUGUCCGCCAGGAGCACGGGUUGGGCGCCGCCAUCUACAAUUAAUUUUGCACUGAACAAUUCCUAAGUUGGACACAGGAUAGAAACGAGCAGGCUCCCCCUCCCCCGCCGGCUAGAGAUAGGGGGGUCUGCUCCCUGGGGUCUGCUGGAAGUCCGCGGUUCCUGUGGAGAAGAAGGGAAGUUCUGUGGGGGCUGAGCCCAAGCGAUCAGCGGAGCCCAAAUGUUGAUUUUUAAUAAAGUUUUCUAAACCUUAAA